CUAAGAUACAGCAACGAUAACACACCAUGGCGGAUACAGAAUCAGCGCCCGCGCAGUACAAACAGCCCAGCCGUAAAGGCAAGAAGGCCUGGCGCAAAAAUGUCGACGUCACACAGAUCCAGUCCGGCCUCAAGGACGUGCAGGAUCAGAUUAUCCAAGGUGGUGUCAUCGCGGAGAAGACUUCGGACGAGCUCUUCGCAGUCGACGUAAUCGGCUCUGCAGAUAUCCAAAAAGAAGUUGCGAGGCGCCACAAGCCCCUCAAAGCCGACGAGAUUCUCGCCCAGCGCUCCGCCGUCCCUGCAGUGCCCUCCCGCAAGCGCCUCUCUGAGAUUGACGACGAAGGCAAGAGGAAGAAGGCCAAGGUCUCAGGCAAAGAAUAUGACAGGCUAAGGCAAAUCGCAUAUGGAGGCGAGCAAGUCAAGAAGGACGUCGUCCAGUCUGGCAUGACCGCGGACCACGACCCCUGGGCCGUGCAGGAAGUUAAGAAGGACCCGAGGUUCUCUUUCUUGAAAGAGAAGAAGGCCAAGGUGGAACCCGUUACACUGAAACAUGCACCCCUCUCGCAGGCAAAAAAUGGAAAAGCUAUCCCCGCAGUACGCAAACCUACGGGUGGAAAAUCGUAUAACCCCAAGUUCGAGGACUGGCAAAACGAACUCAUGCGCGAAUCCGAUAAAGCGGUUGACGCGGAAAAGAAACGUCUACAAGAAGCCCGCGAAGAAGCGGAGCGCAUGGAGAGGGCGGCCGUGGAAUCAGAGUCUGAUUCUGGCGAAGAGAGCGUUUGGGAGAGCGAAUGGGAAGGCUUCAGUGACAACGAGAAUGGAGGGGUGAAGACGAAGAGACCGGAGAGGAAGUCGCUAUCGCAGCGGAACAAGAUCAAGAGGAGAAAAGAGGCAGAGCGGAAAGCGAAGCACGACGCGAAGAUGAAGGCUAAGGAGCAGCAAGUACAGGAGAUCAAAAGGCUAGCAAAGAGCGUGGAGGAGAAGGAGAAAGCGAGGGCUACUAUUCAGCAGGCUCUUACGGACAAGAUCGCCGAGAUAACGUCUGAAGACGAGGGCGAGGAAGUAGAGCUUAGGAGGAGGCAAUUGGGCAGGACUCGUAUUCCAGAGGCUCCGCUCGAAGUUGUCCUGCCAGAUGAACUCCGCGAUUCACUUCGUCUGCUCAAGCCAGAGGGUAACUUGCUCAAGGAUCGUUUCAGGAGCAUGAUGUUGCAGGGCAAGGUCGAAUCGAGGAAGCAAAUACCGUACGCCAAGCAGAAGAAGUACACCGUGUCGGAGAAGUGGAGUUACAAGGACUGGACACUCAAGUAGACGGAUGCAAGCCACCCAAAAGGCGGAGCGACUCGGUCUCAUACAUCAGACAUUAUCUUGCAAUAGCGCAUCAUCUGCGGUUCACUCUUACAUAUUUUCACACGUGUGUGUAAAUACAAAUUGCCUAGAAUCCUGGCGUUCAGGUUAGUC